AUGGUCUCCUUUGAGAAGGAGGGCAGCUGGAGUCUGUCCUUCUGCGGCUCCGGCUUCCUGGGUCUCUACCACGUGGGCGUGAGCCACUGUCUGAGAGAGCGCGCCCCGCACCUCCUCCUGGGCGCUCACCGCUUCUAUGGCGCAUCGUCUGGAGCGCUCAACGCGGUCGCCUUGGUCUGCGGGAAGUCGUUAGACUUCUGCUGUGCCCACCUCCUGGGCAUGAUCAAGGUUGUCAAGCGGCUGAGUCUGGGUGUCUUCCACCCGGCCUUCGCCCCCAUCGAGCUCAUCAAGCUGGCUCUACAAGAGCACCUGCCCGCCAACGCACACAUCCUGGCCUCUCAGAGGCUGGGCAUCUCGCUGACGCGUUGGCCGGACGGCAAGAACAUCAUAGUUACCGACUUCGCCUCCCGCGAUGAGCUUAUCCAGGCCUUGCUCUGUACCUUAUACCUCCCUUUCUACUGUGGGGUGAUUCCUCUUGAAUUCAGAGGGGAGCACUACUUCGAUGGUGGUCUGAGCAACAACGUGCCCUGUGAGGACCCCAAGUCCACCAUCACCGUGGCUCCCUUCCAUGGGACACUAGACAUCUGUCCCCAAAGCCCCUCGGCCAGCCUGCACGAGAUGAACAUCUUCAACAUGAGCUUACAGAUCUCUACCAAGAACUUCUUCCUGGGGUUCCACACCCUCUUCCCCCCCAGUCCUGAGGUAGUGGCCGACAUCUGCAGACAAGGCUACCUGGAUGCCCUGAGAUUCCUGGAGAGAAGGGGACUCACCAAGGAGCUGAUCCUGUGGGUUUUGGCAUCUAAGGAGCCUCCAGCCCCCGCUGAAGGGACCCAGGGUGCUGGCUGUGAUGAGGACGGGAAGGCGGGUCUGCCUCUCACCUGGGCAGCGCCCAACGUGCGCAUCGAGGACGUGCCCGACUUCGAGCAGCUGUCCCCGGAGCUGGAGGCUGUCCUGAGGAAGAGAUGUGGGAAGAACCCCAGCAUCCGGGCCCAGUUUUGGCGGUCAGGCCCUGGGCAGGUGCUGACUUACCUGCUGCUGCCCUGCACGCUGCCCAUGGAGUACGCCUACUUCCGGUCCAGAAGGCUGGUGGCCUGGCUGCCUGAUGUGCCGGCGGAUCUGCGCUGGAUGCAGGGCCUGCUGAGAAGCUCAGCCCACGAGUUCUACUCCAGGACAAAGGCCAGUCUCCUCAGGGCUGUUAGCCUUUCAGCCACCAAGUCCCUGGCAGCAGGCCCCCUCCAGCCUGGGGUGGCUCCUCUGGUGGACUCUGCCCUGGAACCCACACCCACCCAGCAGGCCUGA